GUCAAUAUUUACAGCGAUCAGCAUUACAGAAGCGGAGGACAUGUGUGCUGGUGGAAGCUCCAGCAGCCUUCAUCCUGAGAUUGUUGCUGAGAUCUGAGGCUGCUUCUUCAUCAUGGAGGUUUUAAGUUUCCUCAGUCCUGAGGUCAGUGGAUUUUCUGUGACUCUGAGCCUCGUCCUCAUUUUUCUCGGGCUCCUUUACUGGUAUUCUGUGUACCCUUUUUCAAUCCUGUCUCGAUGUGGCAUCAAACAUCCAAAGCCAAUACCUUUCUAUGGGAACUUAUUCAUGUUUCGAAACGGUUUUUACAAACCUCUCAAUGAGCUGAUAAAGACACACGGCAGAGUCUGUGGGUAUUAUUUAGCCCGGAGGCCGGUGGUGGUGGUUGCAGACCCUGACAUGCUCAGACAAAUCAUGGUCCGGGACUUCAGCAGCUUCCCAAACAGAAUGACUGUGCGGUUUGCCACCAAGCCCAUGUCUGACUGUCUACUCAUGUUGAAGAACGAACAUUGGAAGAGAGUGCGCAGCAUCCUCACCCCGACCUUCAGCUCGGCGAAGAUGAAAGAGAUGGUUCCUCUUAUCAACACAGCUGCCGAUGCCUUGAUGAGGAACUUGAAUGCCCGCGCUGAAUCAGGAGAGGCCUUUGAUAUCCACAAGUGUUUCGGUUGCUUCACUAUGGAUGUCAUCGCCAGCGUGGCGUUCGCCACUCAGGUGGACUCACAGAACAACCCGGAUGACCCAUUCGUUCACCACGCACAGAUGUUCUUCAACUUUUCUUUCUUCAGACCCAUCUUCUUGAUUCUCAUUGCAUUUCCUUCCAUCUUGGCUCCGUUCGCAAGAUUCUUACCCAACAAAAAGCGAGAUGAAAUGAAUCAGUUCUUCAUUAACAGCAUUCAGAGGAUCAUCCGGCAGAGGGACGAACAGCCUCCUGAGCAGAGGCGUCGAGACUUCCUUCAGUUGAUGUUAGAUGCUCGAACCAGCAGAGAGAAUGUGUCUGUGGAGCACUUUGACACAGCCAACCACGCUGAGAGUGAUCAGAGGAACCAGCAGACACACACACCCUGCGAUCAGGAGGCCGGCCAGCCUCACUCACAGGAGCCACCUGCCAGGCGUUCGCAGAAGAAGAUGAUGACCGAGGACGAGAUUAUCGGUCAAGCUUUUGUCUUCCUUCUGGCGGGCUAUGAAACCAGCAGCAACACGUUAGCGUUCACCUGCUAUCUCCUGGCCUUACAUCCCGAAUGCCAAAGCAAAGUACAGCAGGAGGUGGAUGAUUUCUUCACAAGACAUAGCUCGCCAGAUUACUCAAAUGUCCAGGAGCUGAAGUAUUUGGACAUGGUUGUAAGUGAAGCAUUACGCCUCUACUCUCCUGCAUUCAGAUAUGCACGGGACAUUGACCAGGACUGCAUCGUGAACGGCCAGUUUCUCCCUAAAGGAGCGACCCUGGAGAUCCCUGCAGCUUUUCUCCAUCAUGACCCGGAGCACUGGCCCGAGCCCGAGAAGUUCAUCCCUGAAAGGUUUACACCUGAGGCUAAAGCCAGUCGACAUCCUUUCGUAUACUUGCCCUUUGGCGCCGGGCCUCGCAACUGUGUGGGAAUGAGACUUGCACAGCUGGAAAUCCGAAUUGCUCUGGUGCAUCUGUUCCACAGGUUCAGCGUCGUCGCCUGCUCCGAGACCAAGGUUCCCCUGGAACUAAAGUCAACAAACACUCUCGGACCUAAAAACGGGAUAUUUGUGAAAAUUGAAAAGAGAAAUGUGGCGGAGGACCAACUGACCUCCUCACCUGGAAGCUCACCGUGAUAGACGGUGACAGGAAACAUGUUGACCCAUCCAGCAGUCUGUAACGGUGCCUGUGGUUGAAGAGUGUUCUCUGAUUUUCUUUUUUUUUCUUGAUUCAAAAGAAAUGUUCCUUGGUUAUUAAAGCCCUCGACACAACGAGGAAAAUGUUGCUGCUUUGGUCAGUGACGAGCGUCGGAGGGUAGCGGGAUGUGCUCUUCAGAUUUUUAAUGAAGAUGUAACAAGCAUGCUUUAUCAAGCAGGGUGUCAGACAUAUGGUCCGUGGGCCAAAAGCAGCCUGGAAACAGACUCCAAUCUGGCCUGUCAAACCACCAACUGAAU